AUGGGAGACGCCCCUCCUGUCCGGCCCUUGACAGAAGAAGACCUUGCAGGCAGUAAGAGGCCGCUGGUAUAUAUAACUGGAGCGCGAUGCUACCCUUGGCACACUGAAAUCUACUCUAUCAACAUGUUCGUGAUCAUCUGUGCUUUGGUGGCGACGGCUGCUGCAACCCCAGACCACUACGGACCACCUCCAACCAGGUUCUAUGGCAUUCCCAGGGCGUAUUCAGGUCCAGUCAUUCCCAUCCUGAAGGACGAGCAUGAGGGACCUGGUGCGUCUGGAGUGUACAGCUUCGAGUUUGAGACUGGCAAUGGCAUCAAGCGUGAGGAACAAGGUGCCCCUCAAGGACCGUCUGGCGCAGUGGCGAUGCAAGGAGGAUGGUCUUUCACUUUCCCCGACGGCUCUCCCGCUGUCAUGUCUUUCGUCGCCGACGACGCUGGUUACCGCGUCGAGUCCGACCUGCUGCCCACGCCCCAUCCCCUCCCCGCCCACGCCAUCGCCCAAAUCGAGAAGGCUCGUCGGGAGGACGCAGCUGCUGCCGCCCUGAGCGGUCGUUACUCUACCCCGCGGACUAGCUAUGGAUACCCAUGA